AAUAAUGAAUAGCAUCACGGUUUUUGGGGGUUUGGGCAAGAGAGCAAUGCCUCUAUGCCUGAGGGGUAAGGAUAACUUGUCCUUGUUUCGAAAAGUGCGGUUCAUCCUCAGAUUGCCCUGAACUUUAAACCUAAAUCGUUCAUCUACGCAUCCAAUGUCAGAAUCGAGAAGCCCAGAAGAAACCAGGGGAAACAUCAAUUCCAUGGAGAAUAUAAGAGAGUCCCAUGUGCACCACAGGAAGUAUCGGCGAGUCAUACUCUUCCCACUGCCUUUACAAGGGCAUAUCAAUCCUAUGAUUCAUCUUGCUAACAUCCUUUAUUCUAAAGGAUUUUCCAUAACAAUCAUCCACACUCAAUUCAAUGCUCCCAAUCCUUCGAAGAGUCCUCACUUCACUUUCCAUGCAAUUCCUGAUGGUUUGUUGGAAGAUGAGGCUUCAACUGCAGAUGGUGUGAUCCUUUUCUCAGUCCUCAAUUCAAAGUGUGUUGAGCCCUUUCGAGAUUCCCUGGCUAAGCUGUUAUUGGAUGCCAUGGAUCAAGAGCCCGUUGCUUGCUUGAUCACAGAUGCUGUUUGGCACUUCACUCACGCUGUAGCCGAGGGCUUUAAGAUCUCAACUAUUGCCAUGCGGACAACUAGUAUAACUUCUUUUCUUGCUUUUGCCUCCUUCCCCCUUCUGCGAGAAAGGGGUUACUUCCCAAUUCAAGAUUCUCGAUUAGAAGAAUCAGUGCAAGAGCUUUCACCGUUGAAAGUCAAAGAUCUUCCUGUGAUCAAAACACGAUGUCCAGCGACUCUUCAUCAACUGUUUGAAAAGAUAAGUAAUCAAGCCAGAGCCUGUUCAGGCCUAAUUUGGAACUCGUUUGAAGAAAUUGAGCGUGAUGCUCUGAGCAAAUUAGGCCAGGUCUUUCCUGUGCCAAUAUUUCACAUAGGUCCAUUUCACAAGUACUUUCCAGCCUCUUCAAGUAGCUUACUAACACAAGACCAAAGCUGCAUUUCCUGGCUUGAUACCCAGACUCCUAAUUCUGUCCUCUACGUCAGCUUUGGGAGCAUUGCUGCGGUAAAUGAGACUGAAUUCCUGGAGAUAGCCUGGGGGCUACUCCAUAGCAAUCAACCCUUCUUGUGGGUGGUUCGACCUGGAUUAGUUCCGGGCUCGGAAUGGUCCGAAUCAUUGCCGGAUGGAUUCCUUGAGAUGGUGGGUAAAAGGGGCUAUAUCGUGAAAUGGGCUCCUCAACAAGAGGUGCUAGCACACCCUGCCACUGGAGGGUUUUGGACACACAAUGGUUGGAAUUCCACAUUGGAAAGUAUAUGUGAAGGGGUUCCCAUGAUUUGUCAGCCUUUUUUUGGUGAUCAGAGAGUAAAUGCUAGGUAUGUCAGUGAUGUUUGGAAAAUUGGGACACACUUGGAGUAUAAUAAACUCGAAAGAAGGGAGAUAGAGAGGGCAAUUAAAGCACUAAUGGUAGAGACAAAAGGGCAGGAGAUGAGACAGAGAAUUGUGUCUUUGAAAGAGAAGGUGAACCUUUGUCUAAGCCAUGGAGGCUCUUCUUACCAUUCACUUGAGAGCUUGACUAACUACAUCAUGUCAUUCUAGGCUUCUGUCUGUGUUCGGUAACUUGUUAAUUCAUGUUUAAUUUUGCAAUGAGGUUGCAUAUGACAAUCAAAGCCUUGAGUCUGUUUAUUGCAUUCAUGGUACUUGAAGUUUUCAAAUUUAUCCUGUUAUUUCUGUUCGUUUGAUGUAAAAUGGAAUUUGAUUGCUGUCUCAUAACUCAUUCUGCACGGCCUGACUUUAGUUGGAGGAUUUUGUUCAA